AUGGCGGCGUCCAGAGCAGCGCUCUUAACUGGUGUCCAGAAGUGAACUAAGACUAAAAGUUCCGCAUCAUGUCGAAAUUAAGCCGGGCCUCACGGGCCAUCAGGAAGCCAGAAGUCGGCGGCGUGAUCCGGACCAUUGUGCGAGCUGGCCAGGCCAUGCCUGGGCCUCCUCUAGGCCCCGUCCUGGGUCAGCGAGGCGUUUCUAUCAACCAGUUCUGCAAGGAGUUUAACGAGAAGACCAAGGACAUCAAGGAAGGCAUUCCGCUGCCUACGAAGAUUUUUGUGAAGCCUGACAGGACAUUUGAAAUCAAGAUUGGACAACCCACUGUUACCUACUUCUUGAAGGCAGCUGCUGGGAUUGAGAAAGGGGCCCGGCAAACAGGGAAAGAGGUCGCAGGCCUGGUGACUUUGAAGCACAUAUAUGAGAUCGCUCGCGUCAAAGCUCAGGGUGAUGCCUUCGCCCUGCAGGAUGUCCCCCUGUCCUCUGUCGUCCGCUCCAUCAUUGGCUCCGCUCGUUCCUUAGGCAUUCGUGUGGUGAAAGACCUCAGUGCAGAAGAACUGGCAACUUUCCAGAAGGAGCGAGCCGUGUUCCUGGCUGCUCAGAAAGAGGCAGAUUUGGCAGCCCAGGCAGAAGCUGCCAAGAAGUGACCCCCAUCCUCCACACCAGGAUUUUGAAGGAGCAGCUGGGAAGGGGCCAAUUGAGAAAGCUAUGCCAGAGGGGAGAAGGAAGGUCACACCAACAUGAUUAGUAUUUUCCUGGCUUUAUGUGGUUUUUGCAUAUAUGGUAU